AUGCCAGAUCAUGAUUGUAUCUCCAUCACAGAAAAGACAUUUGAUCUUUCGUUAGACGAUACCCAGAUUGAUGAUGAUGAUCUGAGUGGUGAUGAACAACCAUUAAACUCACAAAUACUGCUGGAUAACACUUAUGAUUCAUUAAGGAAUGGGAAAGUUCAGAAUAAGUUCAAAACGGUUAUAACGAAUAAGGCUGAUGACGAUAGAAUUACGAUCAACAGGGCGGUUAAUGGCACAAUACAGUAUAAUGAAAAGAAAGAACAAGGUAAUGAUCAUUAUCUUUGCAAGAGUUUACAAGUAUUACAAAGGAUAAGUGGGACAGAUAUCAAGAUUAAUGAGGAGGAAACUAAUCAAAUUUCAAAAUUGAUUUAUGAAUUAAGUGAGAAUAGUGAAUUGAAGAUACAAUUUUAUGAGAAAAAUUAUAAAUUCUUGGAGAAUCUUUAUGAAACAUUACAAAAGAGUAAUGAACGGGUUAAAAUAGAGAAUAAAGAGUUGAGAACACAGAAUGAAUCGUUGAAAUUGAGGUUGGAUGAAAUGAAGAAUACUAGAGAUCAAGAUGAAGUUGUGCUACGACAGGAGAAGGAGAUACGUGGCUACAAACGCUUCAUUAAAGAGUUGAUGGAGAGGUGA